AGCUAUUAAAGCUAAAUUGGUCAAAUAUUUCCAGUUACGAAAGCAAGCUAAAGAACUCAAGAAUCGUCAACUCUGUAAAGAAUACAAGACUUUGAAGCUAGCAUGGCUAAAGAAAAUUGAGAGAAAUGAAAACAAUCCAAGAAGAAAGCAAAAGGAGACUAAACUGAGGGAAAUUUAUGAGAAGGUUUUUCCUGAAAUCAGGAAGCAAAGAGAACAGACAGAACGAUUUGCUAGAAUGGGCUCCAGAAGUAACUGGGGUAUUGUGGCCAGAAGUGAAGCUGAAUUCAAUGAGAUUGUUGACAACUUAAAUGAGCAAGAGGCCAAUGAACGUCACAUGCGUACGUUAGCUGUUGAACCACCACCAUUACUGGACAAAGACGAAAGAAGAGUAAAAUUCAUCAACAGUAAUGGCCUCAUAAGGGAUCCACUUGCAGCAUUGAAUGAAAGAAAACACAAGAAUAUAUGGACAGAGAAAGAGAGGAAGAUCUUCAAGGACAAAUUUAUUCACAAUCCCAAGGACUUUGAUUUUAUUUCUUCAUUCUUACCUGGAAAGAGUGUUGGAGACUGUAUCCUGUUUUACUAUCAGACAAAGAAAAAGGAACAUUACAAACAGUUGUCCCGAAGACACAACUUCAAGAAAAGGAGGAGGGAUCAAUUUGGAAGUAGUCGUGAGGGCGCUCCUACAAACAAGUCAAGGGGAGGCAUUUCAGAAAGCAGUACUAAAGGUGGAUUUGAAGGAGGUGAUGACUCGGGGGAAAUUACUAAUUCGGCAGAUGAGAGUGAAGAGGAACACCUUCCGUCCGCAGUGACUACAGCUCCUGUGACCGCGCCCACCCCUUCAGUUAGGUACACAGGGAGACCAGAUCAUCCUGUGGAGACAUCCCGUUGGAGUGAGAAAGAAAUAGCGAUUGCCCUUCAAGGUCUGAGAGAGUGCGGUCGCGAUUGGGAAGCUAUAGCUCGACGGGUUAUAACCAAGACUGGUGCUCAGUGUAAGAACUUCUACUUCAAUUACAAGAAAAAAAUGCACUUGGAAGCACUUGUUGCAGAACAUGAGGCUACUAAGAUGCUACGUGUCCAGCAGCCACACCCACAUAAACAGCCACAGCCACAGCCACAUCCAAAUCCACAGGAACAUCACAAAGACAGCCCUAGCACUACUCAAAGGCGGGAAUCACACCUUAAACAUACCUUAGCCCAACAACCAUCAGACGACUACAAUUCUCGUUCGUCAGAUCCACAUAAUAAACCAAGCAGUGCUUCUUCCAAUAGCAAUAUUGCUUCCACCAGUGGUAAAGAGUCCACCUCGGUGUUUGUUAGUGCAGUUAACACUGCGGUGGGACCCCUGAAAGAACCUACAACGACCUCUCCAGUAGCGUCGUCCAUCUCCAACCUCCAAAGGAUAGUCCCUUCUCAUUCCCCUCAUCUUCCUUUGACAAGCUCAAGCUCCACUCUAUUCAUGCCCACUCCAGGUGUGAUUGCGUCCAUUGGUAGAGCCUCGCCUAAUGUGGGAACUGGGCAACCACAUCAAGUAUUUAUUCGACACCCAAUUCCUGAAUAUUCGAAGCCCGAGUCCACUCGUUCCUCACGAUCACCACAACCAGAAACCAUAUUUUCUGGAAUUGUAUAUCCGAGACCAGUAGGUCCAAGAGUCUUGCAGUCCGAUUUAUCGCAUUUAAGAGCUCCAUAUUUGGUUUCAACGCGACCAGGUUACGUUCAUCCGGACUCGCAUCCCAUUCAUCACGGAUCUGCCACGCCCAAGUCCAUCGCGUACAGUACAGACCCUCUACACACUGCUACGUUGCAUGCAUCCUCAUCAUCGUCACCUAGCAUUACUUAUUCAAAUAAAGGGGUAUUGCACCCUGGUUCAUCUCACCCUAUAAUGGCACACGCUGGUAUCUCUCUUACUACCAAGUCACAUGUUGGUAGUGUGUAUGGACAUUCCUCGCACCCAUCUGAACCUGGCCAAACUCCAACAAGCUCUAUUCUCUUUGCUCCUUCAGUUCCAUCCGUAGGUGUGAUAAACACCCUCGCACUCAGUCGACCUGCUAGUCAUUCCCCUGUACCUGUGGUAUCACAAACUUCGUCUGAUCAGAGAGAAAAGACUCCAAGUCAAGUACCACAUUCCACUGAGCGGUUGACGGCACAGGAUUCAUCUGUCAAACCAUCUUAUUCGUAUCAAGGGGUGGCACGUUAUGAACCAUCCACCGCAAGCAUUUUGCAAGAUGCUAGCCCGGAAGUGGUCAAGAAGAAUCCAAGGAUCCCUGAAAGCGUGUCAUAUACAAGGGAUGUGCCUAAACCUGAUGUAAUUGUCAUAGAAGAUGAUCAAAAAAGGAGGAUGGAAGGUUUUCACCAGCUUGACACAGGAGAAGGAAAGCAAGCUUCAAGCAUGUUGAGAAUGUUGGCAUCUGGAGGAAACGGGCCAACAUCAUCGGGAGAUCACAUACCACCAGUGACAGAACCUGUGCGACCACAAAGUCUUCCGCUGUCGUCUGGCGACCGCAUCAUUAGCCACACUGAUUUACGAUCUAGAAAGAGUGCCACCCCACCGAGCAAUUUCGCCAUGCGCCCCCAAACCCUAAAUCCCCCACCGCCUUUGAUACAAGUGCCUUCUUCACGAGACAAAAAGUACAUCACAGCACACGAUUUGCCACCUGAAACUUCUCGACUCAGGGAAGGUGAGGCCUACCACGAUCGUAGUCGUAAUGUUGUUCAGGAAACCUCUACUGUCAGAGAUGUACCAAGACGAACACACACUCCCGUCGAUAAUAGAGGAGGUGAAAGGGAAAAGCGAUCCGUAGUGGUAGAGACUGUUGACUUAACGAGCGAAAGAGAGGUUAGCAGUGCAUCACCAGUAUGCCCGACUGCAAUAUCACCAGCCAUAGCACAAGGUUCAUCAUCUGCCCGGGCCCAUUUGCAAGCCAUGGCAAGGUAUGCUUCAGCUGAGACAAGUAGUUUAGAAGUGACUGAAAAGGUGGGAAAGAAGAGAAAAGAAGAAACGUACCUUCCUCCGAGGUAUCCUGAUGUUAAAGUAAACGAUUAUGAGCAGAAUGAAGCGAUACGAAAGUAUAAAUCGGGUACCAUUUGCUUAUCAGCAUCUCGCGAGUUACCUGUCGGUGGAGAAUAUUCGAGUCAGGUGUAUGGAUUGAUGCCAAUGUCAGCUUCGCAUCAGCCUCUGGCCCACAGCCUCCCGCAUGCAGCUGGCACCUCGACACCUCCACCGUAUGGUUAUCCCUUCCACAUGGGGCAUCCAGUGGGAAGUUUGCCCCAUCACCCAGAACAACGUUUUCUGGUUCCAGUUGGGGUACCCGUGCGUGAAUUGCUCCCACAUAGUGUAAAUGGCGAGGAUCUACCCAGUCACUUAAAGCUUAGUGGGGCGUUUCCUCAUCACUAUCCUCAAGGAGCAGCAUAUUGUCCAGCUAGUUUAAGGACUGUGGUGCCAACAUACCCACCAAUGUCUGUUUAUGGUCAUCCAUAUCCUGUACCCUUAGGUGAGGAAAGACGCGUUGUUCAUCAUUCACUUGAAGGGCCAGGCAGACGUCACAAUGAAAUAUCAGAGCAAGAAUUGGCUAACCCUUUUGUUGUUAAACAGCAGAGGCAUAUGUAUGCCCCUGGAAUGGUGGAAAAAGUCGUGUCAUCUGGUGAACUACCAAAAUUCCCCCUUCCUAGUCGCUCGCCAAAGGAAUCUGCACCACGUUCAAAUCCACUUUCUCCUGAGAUGAAACUAAAGACUCCCGCUCAUAGUGAAGAAGCAAAAACUGUUUCGCCACCAACAAGUUCCUACCUAUCGAGAAUACCUUCAAGGCCAGCUUCUGUUUCUGAGAUGCGCAAUCGAGCUGCUGUUAUUCCAGAGCUAGCAGAUACUGAGGGAAGUGUUCAAAAAUUUCCUGAUCCACAACCAGUUGUGAUUAUACCUACAAGGGAAGACCCUCACGGGGAGAAAACAGCCACACUUACAGAAGAGGAAUUCGUUAAAGAAACAAAGCAUCUUUCCAAAGAGGACAAAGCAGGGUCUUCGGUAGAAUCUUCACCAAUGGCUGCCUUUGCCACUUUAGUUGAUGUUGCUGCGGCAGCAAGGAAAGUUGAUGUUCCAGCGGGAGAACACUUGCCACAGAAGGAAGCCAUUGAUGUACGAGUAUCGCCUCCUGUAAGGCAAGGAGGGCAUUCCAUAGCGUCACAUAUGAGAGUGAAAUCACCCCCAAGCCCCUCCAGAACGUCACCUGGAGCUUCCACACCACGAUAUGGAAUUACUACUGGGCUUGUUCCAAAACCUCCACCUCUCAUGCCCAUCACUGGAAUGAGACCUUUGCAAGAGGGAAGUAGUUCUAGCACCACCCCCAUCAGCGUGUCAAUUACAAGUCAUGGAACUGGCUUGGUAUCGCGUAGUCCAAGCAAGCUCACAUCACCUCCUGAUGUGCGAUCAACAAGGGCUUCAGUGAGCCCGGAUGGCCCUCCACCACUGAUACCACACACAGUUAUUAGUCCUACUUCAAGUAGUGCAUCACAAGGACUGAACUCAAAGGGACCACCUCCCUUGAUUAAAGGCUUUGCAUCAACAGUUGCUAUGGAUCUGAGAAGUCCAGAACGUGUCGACAACUCACGAAAGACCGCAUCUAAUCAAGACAACGUUGUUACUCUUAAGCGACCAGACCAGGAGCCCACUCCGUCUGAUAAACCAUUUACACGAAGUGUUCAAAAUAUGGAACCUGACGUUCAGCGAAAGGUUGGUCAACAUCUUCAAGAAUCUUCCCAAACUUCCUCACAUCAGAUUAGUGAUAACACUGCAAAGAAGCCUUCCUCGUUACCACAGUCAGUUAGGCCGCCCCAAGUAAGAACUAUAUUUGAAACAACCAAUUAUCUUGACUCUACUCAUGCUGAAUUGCAACAUCCAUCGAGACAUCACCUGAAUCCUUCCCAACCUCCCUUCGCUGGGAUGUACAAAGCAGGGGAUUGUCCACCAGUAACGCGACCAUCAAAUGUAGUGUUAACAGAGAUCACCCAAAGAGUAGGCUUUUACGCGGAUGAGAUGCGAAGAUCAUGGGCAAGGAAGGAUACAGAGAGCGUAGAAAGUGCGCAACCGCCUCUGCAGUCUGAUCACUUGUUUUUAAGACAGGACCCAGCAGAAAACGUAGAUCAAAGGAUAAAACAAUCCUGGCGAGCAAAACGUUUUCCGUAUCAACAAUCACAAUCUGUUUCUAGUGAUGAAGAUCUGGUUCCACUGCAGCGUGGGCUGUGUGCACAAGUACCAAUCUCCCAUGGGUCUGGUAGCGAGACAGAAGAGGGUGACGAAGGUGACGUGGAGACUGAAGAUGAGGUCCCUCCAGUCCAUCCACGCAUAUUGGCACUGACAAGGAGGAGCUCCCAGGGUCAUUCGCAGUCGUCCUAUUACGAACCUAGUGACAGUGAAACUCUAUCCGCUGAGGAGUCAGAGAAUCUACCUGAGAGUAGUGAUGAGAUGCUAUCGAGUUCAACAAUGAAGCCAUGUACUCAAUCCAUUGAUAGCUCCGAGGUUGACAAACCUGCCAAUCACGAUAGCUUCUUUCAUGACAAAAAUAGACCUGAUACCGACCACUCCUCCAAUGAUUCACCUCUCUUCAAGCCAAGCUCGUCAGAAGUCUCCUCUGAUAACAAAGAUGUGGAAAUCGAUAAAACAGUAUCAAACUGUGACGACAGACAGGAAAGUGUUGCUCCUGAGGACGUUGUGACAAGUUCAAAACCUCGCAGUGAGGAGUUGCUCAACGUAAAACGCGAUGAUUCAUCCGCAUAUUCCCCAACCACAUCGAGUUCACUUGUAGCGGCUACAAAACCUCUCCCAGGCCCAGAUCCUAGUGCAGAGAAAGGAGAGAUAAAUGUCACUUCAGGUAAUGAGUUUCAUAGAGAAUCUGAUGUAUUUGAACAAGAAAAUUGUAAACCCUCACAGAGCUCUCCUUCAACCGCUGUGGAGAAUAAUUCUCUGGGGGCAUUACCUGAACAGACAUUAAGCAGCAUAAACAAGGACGAUGUUGUAGUGGUAGAAUCCAGUGAAGACGUCAAAGUGGGUAGCAGUGAAACAGAUAGAGCCACAGAUUUAUCGCAGUUCGAAUCGCCCGAGCUAGAAACCUUCCAAGAAAUACCAGAUAGUUCAGCUAAUUUAAGCCCUGAUGGAGGUGAGGUCUCGACUCUGGAAAAGAAUGGUAAUGUUGAAGGUGAUAACAUCGGAGAUGAUAGCGUUAUCUUGGAGCCAGAUGAAAACGCGUCAACCACUGUAAAGCCAGGGUUAACGCAACCAAGUGAAGUAACUUCCAUUGUGACCGAUAUACGGUCUGUAUCGCCGUCGCCGCUGGAACCAGGUGAAGAUAACUAUGUGUGUCCAGGUGCUUCUGAAACAGCAAGUAAUAAAGUCGUGUCCACUUUAUCGGACCAAGAAAACGAAGAAUACGAAUCGAACGAAACAAGUGAAGCGGACGCAUUUGAGAAACCUCCUACGACUGGACAUGGAUUUCUUGCGGAGCCUGACACCUACAGCUCCCCUUCAGACACCAACCAUCCGGAAAUCAGCUCGGCAAUAGACUGUGUGUCCGAUGAUAAUGAACAGGUUUCUUACUCGACCUUUGUUGGAGUGUUUGUUCCACUACAGGGAGAGGUAGCUUCACCAGAUGUCAGAUCUGGAGGUUCCACUCAAGUUCCGUCUGAUGAGGGUUCAGUCUGUGAUGAAGUAUCUGCUGACAAAGAAGUGGAGGACACAGAGCAGACAUCGUUUCCCAAAGAAGAGCCAUCAGAUGUUUUAAGUCCAAAUGAAGAAACUCAUCACACGGACGAUACACUCUCAGAUGGAGAGAUUCCUCCCUCGCAAGAGAGCAGUCAGUCUGAGGACGAACCAUUGUCUUCUGAAGACAAACCUUUGAGUAAUAAAGCUAGUCCACUCUUCCACGGUGAACCCAUGACUACACCUCAGUCCACCAAGCAUCCGGAGACAACAACCAAAACGGCUAAUCGUGAUCAAAUUCCAUCUCAAAGCAAGGAAUCUGAGGACGAUGACCAGUUGUCCGAAGGGGAAAUACGGGAGUCUGAGGACGAACCAACCACGGAACCUUACGAAGAGUCAUCCUCGUCAAAUGCAAAUCCGGUCUCUAGCUCAUUGAUAGGCAAUGGUGGUGACACUUGUUCAGUUCCAGACAGAGUUUCGUCGAGUCAAGAAGCUACGUCACGAACAGAGUGUUACAUCAAUAUGAUCCCCAUUUCUCCCGCGCCACCCGAAUCACCCAGUCACCCAUCUAGGGGUGACCGCACCUCACCUCUUCCGCCAUGGCCUUUUACCGAGAGUCACCACCCAUCCGUAGUUUCUUUAGCCGCUCGUAUGACUUUCCCUUAUUCUUCCUUAUCACUCAAUGUGGGUUCUGCAUCUAGCAGUGCUCGUUCUUCGCCGGUGCCCCAUUCGUUUGCGGUCAAUCUGGCCCCAGGCUCAAGCCCCAGCAGCUCGUCCUUGUUGCUCAGGCCACAGGAACCAGCUCCUCUCCUUUCAGAUAGUUAUGAACCCCUAAGUGAUGAUGAAGAUGAGAUGGCUGAUACUUCAACCUCGAGAGAUGAACAGGAUGUAUAGAUAUGUUACGGGGACACUUCAUUUUGUACCACAACGAAGUGGCCCAGUUUUGAUAUUUAAAAAUAAAUCGUUAGCCUUAAAACACCAAGGGGACUCCAGGGUAUGAAUUAUGUUACUUCGUUAUGUUAUACCCGGCGUUCCGUCUAUAGAUCUGUUGUCUAAAGCGGAAUUUUUAAGUAUUCAAAACAGUUUUCCUCUCUCUAGUUGAUAUUAAACUGUAUAUUAUAUCGUAACUAAAAGGUGUAUAAAGAAAAAUUGGUUUAGCAGUUUUAAUUAAAUUACAACAGAUUUUGAUGUGUACUUUUUAAAAUAAAUUUAAGCGUAAAGUGUCUCGACACUCGGUGGUAAACCGUUUUAUCACCAAAUGCAGUAUUUAACACUUUUUGUUUUGUUGUUGUUUUCUUCGUUUUUCAGUAUUUAUUUAAAGUAAAACUCGUUAAUCCAGAUUUCUAGAAAUUUUCCAGGACUUUUCUAGGCUCAGAUUGAUAUUUCCAGGACUCCAAAUUUCACAUUUAACCCUUUCAUUCUCAAUAUUUCCAUACAAAUUUCUUAUGACGUAAAUUCUGAAAACUUUACUGCUUCAUUUAAGCAAAUUUCUAGGAUUAUCCAGAACCUGUACUCUUUUUCCAGGACUUUCCAGUCAGAAUAAAAUUCCAGGACUUUCCGGGUUUUUCAGGACU